GCACUUACCGUGAUUGCUUACAAAGAACGCACUUACUUUGGUAAUUUUAUUAUAUUUGACCCAAAUUCUUCCCUUUCUCCUUCAAAACCAUUCCUCAAAAUCCUGAAAUUUACAGAGAUGACGAUCUCCCACGAAACUGAGAAACACGAUGAAGAAGAAGGGCAAUGGAAGAAUCUGACCAACGAUAUAUUAGCCUUGAUUUUGAAACGCCUCAAUACCAAAGCAGAUCUCUGCCGAUUCCGCUCAAUCUGCAAAUCAUGGCGAUUUUUCGCCACUCCAAUUCAACCCCACCUCAUUUUCCCUCUCACUCUUCCCCCUCUUAACCCUAAUUCUCGCCCUUUCUCUCUCUCUCCUACUCUCAUUUACAUUAUCUCUCCCCAAUUUACCCACCAUAAUCUCAUCAACAAUGUCUGGCUUACCAAAGUUUCAGAAACAGGGGAAAACAAGUGGGGCCUUCUUAAUCCUUUGACGAAGCAUAAAAUGUAUUUUUCUUCAUCUGGGGUUUUUAAAGAGAGGAUUGAUUUGCUGGAUUUUCGAAAUCUUGAGGUGGGUCGGUCGUAUCGGCUUCAAUUGAUUAACGAUCAUGGAGAUGAAGAUACCUUCGAUUUUGAGGAAUUUAGCUCUUCGAUUUCUUUGAGGAAGGUUGUUGUUCGAAUUGGGGAAGAAAUUUCUGUAUUGGGUUUAUACGGGUAUGGUCAAAUUGCGGUUUGGAAUUCUGGGGAUAAAAAUUGGAAGAUUAUUGAAACUGGGAAGAAGGAGAAGAAGAAUGAAUUUGAUGAUGUUAUAUGCUUUGAUGAGAAAUUCUAUGCCGUUGAUCGAACCGGGAGGUUGGUGAUGAUUAAUCCGGCAUCUCGGGAGCUCGUUGAGGUGGUUGGCACUUCAACUGCAGAAUGCAGUGGUCAGUAUACUUAUUUAGUAGAAUCAAAUUUUCGCUUAUAUUUGGUUAAUAAGAUUGUUAAUCCAAUGCCUACUAAUUAUUAUGAUGAUGAAGAAGAAGAGUGGGUUGUGGAUAAAAGUAGUGUAGGAAAGCCUCUUGGCUUUAAUGUUCUUAUGUUGAAUAAGAAGGAAAAGUGUUGGGAAAGAGUGAGUAGCAUAGGGAAUAAUGUGUUCUUUGUUAGCCGUGACGCGACGUUUUCGGUUUGUGCUAAGGAUUUGGGAUGGAGUAAGGGGAAUUGUGUUUAUUUUGAAGGUGUGACAGGUUAUGAUGAUGAAGCUGAUAUGAGUUUUGGGUUGAAUGCUGGUGUUUAUACAUUGGAGGAUGGAGCUAUUUUGGCCUUUGAUUCAUCGGUGGAUCGUUGGACCGGGAUUUUCUGGCCGCCUUCGAGGUGGUUUGUGGAAAAUAUGGAGUACCCUGAAUGUGAAAUGUUGGGUUAAGUCGUAUGUUGGUUAGUGAUACCUUCAGCAUUAUUUGAUUGCCUUGUAUAAAUAAUUAAUGGUAUGCUCUUUUUGUAAUGAAUUAUUGAUAACAACGAAUAAUAGCAGUUGAGAUUACAUCUUACAUCAAUGAUUACUGGAUUUUUCGAAUGAA